AUGUUUUUUAGCAAUAAUAUAAAAGAAAUUAAUAACAAUGGCUUAAUUUUUACAACAGUAGAAAGAAUAAAUAUUAAGGAGCUUUUAAAGAUAGCUGAAGAAAAUGAAGUAAGAAAAAAUAAAAAGGAUACCAUAAUAGAUUAUAUAUCUUAUUUAAAUAAUAAAAAAUGUUUGAUAAAAUUAAGAAAGUUAUUAAAGAGUCAUUUAAUAAAUAGCCAAAUAGUAAUAACAAAUUUUUGUGAUAGAUCUAAUGAAUUAUUUAAUAGUAAAUAUAUAUUUGAAAAUGUUAUAAAUAAUAAAAGAUCAUAUUUUAUAAAAAAUUUAUAUUUAUCCAGCUUAUUUAGUAGUGAUUAUAUUACAUAUAUUAUUAAGAAAUAUGAUCAAGUUAUGGUAUCUUAUAAUUGUAAAUAUGAUAAUAAAAUAUAUAUAAAUAAUAAUAUCCUCUAUUUAUGUAUUAACGAUUUAACAAAAUUAAGAUUAAUUAAUCACAAAAAUGUAUACAAAGACAAAUAUAUGUUGAAUCAUAUAGUAUCCAUAGAUAUAUGUAAUGAUAAAGAAAAUAAGGAUACCAUAACAUAUAACAAAAUAAAUCAUACAAAUAAAUGCGUUAAUAAAAAUAUUACAAAUGAAUGUAUGAAUAUAAAUUUAAUAAAUAAAACAUCCAUACCAAAUGAAAAUCACGGUAAUAGUAAUAAUAAAGAAAAAAUUGGCGGGAAAUUAAGAGAAAUUUAUGAAAAUUUUUUUACGAAUUUGUAUACAUAUCCAGUAGAUUUAUUAUGUAUAUACAAUAAUUGUGAUGAAAAUUUUAUUAGGAUAUUAAAAAGUAUACUAGUCAAUAAUAAAUCUAUAAAUGUUCAAAUAUAUCCACUAUAUAUGAAAUAUCAUGAAUAUUCAUAUAAAUUAUGUGGGGCUCUAUUUUCAAAAUUUUCAAAAUUUUCAAAAGAUUCAGAAAAAGAAGAGGGGAAAAUAGGCACACAUUUUAUUUACAACAUGUCGGUUGAUGCAAAAAAUAAUGCUACUAUUAAUAAUAAUUACAAUAAUAAUAAUAAUAAGGGUCCAUAUUCUUUUAUGAAAAGUCAAUAUAAUAAUAUAAUGCAAAAUGAAAUAAAUAUGAACCAAGUUGCUGAUAUAUAUAAUGAUAUUUUUUCUAACUCUUCUAUAAAUCAACACAAUAAUAAUGAAAUUAUACAAAAAUGUUAUAACGUAAAAGAUAAUUAUACAAAUCAAUGUUUAAAUAAAUUUAAUCACGAAUUAAAUGAAAAUCAUAAUAUAUAUUAUUCAUCUCAUUUUUACAAUGAUAAAAAUAUUAAUAACCCUUAUGUAUAUAUAAGUAAAAAUGAGAUGGACGAUAAAUUUUUUUAUGAACUGAAUAUGGAAUAUAUAGAAAAGGAGAUUCUUGAAAAAUAUUCUUGUGAUGAUCAUAAAAUAAAGAAAAAUGAAAAUAUAAAUAUUAAAAUAAAUAAUAAUCAUGAUGUAUCAUCAUUUUUAUGUAACUCUAAAAAUCAUACAAAUGUCAUAAACUUACAUGAUAUAUACAAUAAUAAUUCUAAUAAUAAUAAUGAUGAUAAAAUAAAAAAAAAAAAAAAAAAAAUACACAAAUUUAAUGAUAAAAAAUUUUACGUGAAUUAUAAUUCAUCUUCAAGUAGUGAUAUAAGUAUAUCAUUAACUCAAAAUGGAGAUUAUAAAAUUAUUAAUACACCAAAGGAAAAAAAAAAAAAAAAAAACUUAAAAAAUGAUCAUAUUUCAAAUGAAAAAAAAAAGAAAGACGAAUAUGAAUAUGAAACAUAUAAAAAUAAAAAAGUUGAAAGUGUUCUUAAAUUCUUACAGAAUUAUAAAAACUCGUACUAUGUAAAUAAUCAGCAUUUAUUAAAAAAAGAAUGUCUCCAUGAUAUUAUAGAUAAUAUGAAAAAUAUGAAAGAUUUUUACAUUAAACAAGAUCAUUCUGAUAACGAAGAUGCCAAAUAUAAUAAUUUUAUUCUUUAUUUUAUGGAAUAUAUAGGUAGAAUUCUUUUAGAUAUUAAAUUAUGUUGUAAGCAAAAUACAAAUAUGUUAGUUAAAAAAAAAAAAAAAUUUUAUCAAAUCCAAAAAAUUAUUUUUAAUAAUGGUCUCAUAGAUAUGAAAAAUGUUCAAAAUUUAAGUAAUUUUUUAAUUCAUACAUUAAUUAAAAAAGAAAACAAUAAUGAUAGUAAAUUACAUUAUGUUUUAACUAUAUAUGGACAGGAUAAUAAUUUUAUUAAUUAUGAUAGAUACUUACAAGAAGGAUCUAAUCAAACGUGCAUUCACAUUUGUUUCUUUUCUUCUAAAGGAGAUGUUUAUAUAAUGAUUUUAGAUACACAAAAUAGGAUAUUAUAA